AUGGGUAACGUGGUUGGAAGAAUAAAGACGGAAAAGAAGGCCAAGAUUAUGAAAAUCGACGGCGAGAUUUUCAAGCUGAAGCUUCCGGCGACCGCCGCGGACGUGCUUGACGGUUACCCAGCGGGCUACGUGUUACUGGAAUCACAAUCGGUAAAGAAGUACGGAAUUCGGGCCCCGCGAUUACAGCCCGAAGAGUUACUUGAGCACGGCAAGAUUUACUUUCUGGUGGAUAUUCCAAAAUUUCCGGAGCCCGAAACCAGAAGGGCUACUUCUUUUGCCCAUGCUGGCGGCGCUAAGGAGCGGCUGGAUAGGUUGAAGAUGGCAAAGCGGUCCGCUAGUGAUAUCGGGCCGGGCUCGGUUCGGGUUAAGAUGCGGGUCCCGAGGGCCCAAAUCGAGAAAUUGAUGGAAGAGAGUAGAGACGAAAAGGAGGUUACGCAGGGGAUUAUUGAUCUUUGUUUGCGGAAUUCCAAUUGA